ACUUUGUCAAAUUUCGUUUUAUGGAUACUCUUUGAGCGUCUUUUUGAGUAUCCCGGGCUUUGGUGUGGUAGUUUAGUGCCUUACCCAGAAUUAGCAUUCAUAUAAAAAUAUAUCUGAUGAUAUGUUGCACAUGAUCGACCGAACAGAGACGUUUUAAAAAACCCUUACAUCAGUAUUCAUCUUUUAUGUCAAAACCAAGAGUAAUCAAAGAGUUAUCCACACCGACGGGUUCAACGAUUGCUUGUCAACCCCUUGGGGGAUGUGAAUAUCCCUCCCAAAGGGCUGACUUUGGAAAAAAAGGUAUUGUAUAUCCACGUCAAACAGUUCUGACAAAAAACAGCAAUAUACAUCAAACCCCAGUAUGGAUUUCAACCACUUCUCGUCCUGGAGUGAGUGGCUUCAACGCAAUGUCUCCAAGAGGGCGGCGUACUCUUUCCCCACCCCAACCUCCACCUCUACCUCCUCCACCACCUAGUCCGCAACUUGUGCCUUUAAAAGCUCGUUUAGCAAGAUCAAAAUCAACUGCUACAAGACCAGUAACUACUCGUCCGGAUUAUUGCCAACAGCUUCGUAAAGCUAGUGAUGGUGGAGCUCCUACACGCCUUACAAAUUCAAGUUCAGUUCGUACAAGAUCUACCUCAGAAUUGCGAUCAAGAAUUGAAGCUAAAGAUGAACCUUCAGAAAUUCAUACAGGGAGUGUGGAAUCAAGUGAGGAAAAACCAAGUGUAUCGACAGUUAACCCGAGUGCUUUCCUUCCUAUUGCUCAUCCUACUGAACGUAGUCCUGUUUAUGUCUGCCUUGCCAAUGUUGCCUUUUUAAGUUUAUCACUAUUGGUUACUAGUAUAUUUUCUAUUGUAUUUCUACCAUUUUGCCUGAUUGCUUGCCUUGUAAGACGUACUGGCAUCUGGAUUGCUAAUGUCUUCCAAUAUACCACAUGUUGUCAAUGCGGAGGAUUUCUUAUUUCUGAUAAUACAAAUCCUAUAAUUGAAUCAAUAAUGUCACGUUUGUCAGUCAGCUUGAAUUCCAAUCAAAGAUGUCAUUGUUUUACUGAUAAACAAUUAGAAAAUCGUUAUAGCAACUCAUUGAAAGCUCUUUCAUCUGCUGAACUUCGAUGGCUUCCAGCUCUUGAAUAUAAAUAUGAACUUGAUUGGAAUGGAACUAACUAUGCUACUUUGUAUUGUUCAGGUCAUUCACCUAUAGUGAUUAUAUGCUUGAGAUUUGGUGCACCGGGAUUAAAAUUAGUACGCUUGCGCGAGUUGAUCAGUAACCGUUUACUCUCUCGGCCUUUUGACUGUUCAUCAGUUGCUUCAUCUCCAAGGGGUUCUUGUUUAACAGACAAAGGAUGUUCGGAUACUAGCAGGGGACGCUGUGAAAGUUCAUAUAUCCCACCUUCGGAUGCUAGAUCGCGCUUGACACAAUGUCUAACAUAUCUAUCAACUGGAUAUGCAUGGAGAGAAUGUAUGGCAUUUCAACUUGAAGAACAUGUAGUCCGAUUGUCUUCUAUUCAGACAAAAUCAGAAAUUAAUCCAUCACGAUCAUAUGGAUCAAAGUGGGAAGAUAAGCACUCGGCAAACCCAAAGAUGGUUAACUUGGAAGUGCUUCUUAAUGAACUGAGUAGUCUACCUUUGAGACUUGAUCGGCCACUUUGGAAGGCUCAUUUGAUGGAACACUUCUAUGAGAAUGAUUGUGAUGAAACAACAGAACCGUCAGAUAUUGAAAGUGAUGCUGAUUCUGAUGAAUCUAACACAUACAAAACAUCACAUUCUAGUCGUAAACCUAUGAAUAAUAAUGGAGAAAAAUUGAAUAAAACAAAAAAGUGUUUAAUAAAUAAUUAUAAUCAAACAUAUGCUACUACUAAUAAUAAUAGUAAGAGAAAUUUAAAUUCAUUUGUAUGUCGACGUUCUGGUUCAUCAGGUGUUGGAAGUUUAUUGAUUUUUCAAUUUCAUGCAGCUUUAUCAGAUGAUGGUAAAGCAUUAGUUCAUAUGGUCACAAAUUGUUUAGCCGAUUUACCCAGUCGUACACAAACACCACAACAUUCACCAAAUAAACAAACACCAAUUCAUACAGCAUCGUCUAUAGACGAUCAACUUAAUGAAACAACCAUAAAUCAAUCAACAUCAGGAGCAAUUACAGCCACAUUGUCAUCACCAUCAUCAUCUUCAUGUGAUAAUAGAAGAAAAUGGAGAGGACAAAAUGUCAUCGGUGGAAAUUAUAGUGAUACAAAUGAGAAUAAUACUAAUACUAGUAAUAAUAACAAUAAUAUACAAAAUGAUGCAUCUCUAUCCAAUAAAAAUGCGUCCAAAUGGUCUACUACAAUCAAAUCAUCUCGUAAUUCUACUUCACCAUAUAACUCAACAUCAUUUUACCAUUCAUGUGAUUUAUCUAAGACUACACUAACAAAUGAACAACAAUCUCAAUUAAAUAAUUCAAAUAUAUCAAUUAAUAAUAAAUAUCAAUUGAAUACAUUUACGAAAUUCAAUUCAAAUCAAAUACAAUCAAAACCUAAUCAGAAUGAACGAUUAUCUAUUAGUGCAUCAUUAAAUUCUUCCAUCACAACAACAACAAUGACUAGCACAUCUACCGCGAAUUCAUUGUUAGACGAUGAAGAUUCAGAGGAAUCAGAAGCUGCACAAUGGUGGUAUACAUUUUGGGCAAGUUCAUUGGCUACAAUAGCUACUGUUUGUGAUAUAUUAAGAGUAUUGAUUACUGGACCAACUAUCAUUUUUCAUAAAUAUUUUAUUACUAAUGCUGAUAUGGGUUUAAUUACAAGACAUCAAAAUGUUAAACAAUCUAAAUUAAUAAAUAAUAAGAACAAUCAAAGUAAUAAUAAUAAUCGCAACGAAGAUAUCAAAACUGUUCACAAAUGUGCCUUAUUAUCAUUAGCAAAAUUAAGUCGUCUACGUCAAAUUACUAAAGCAUCUUAUUCAGAGUUAAUUUUAAGUUUAUUAGCUGGAGCAUUACGUGGUUAUCAUCAGACGAUGGGAUUUAAACAUCCUCCUGAUUUGUUAGCAUUUUUAUCAACUGAAGUACCUGUUUUACCAAAUUGUCAUUUGAAUACUUCAUCAGUAUCUGUUUCCAAUUGUAACAAUAAUGAAGAUCCACCAUGUACAACUUUAUCACGUGUUUUAAAUAUAACUCAAAGAGUUAGAACAAGUAGUAAUCUUGAUUUUCUGAAUAUUUCUCCGUGUCGUCAACAACAACAACGAAUACAUCAUGAUAAUAAUACAGUGGAAACUGGCUUACUAGGAAAUACAAAUCGAAUGGUAGCUUUAGGUUCACCGAAUACCACCUCCAUAACUGCAACACGAAAUUUAUGCCCAGGUAGAAAUGUAUUAACUGAAUUUUGUUUACCAAUUAAUACAGAAGGUAUGUUACCUAGAUUAUGGGAGACAAAACAACGUCUAACUGAAGUGAAUACAUCAGUCGAUUCCUUAUGUUUAGCAUGGGCACGUACAGCAUUGUAUACUUUAAUGCCACAUUCUGUGGCAAAAUGGAUUGAAACAACAUAUGGUGGACUAGCGAAAGGCAGUGUAACUAUAACUGGUGUUGAAGUAAUAUCACCAUUUACUACUUCAACAACUGCCACUAAUACAACUACUUCAAAUUUGUCGAAAAUUACAGAUUCUAAUUAUUCAUAUCAAAUGCCUAAAUCAAGACGACUAGCAUAUAUGUCUUUAUUAGCUAAUAAAUCUUCGGAUGCUCGUAUACUACGUCAAAGAUUGAGAAGACGUCUUCCACGAAGAACAACAACAGCAACAUCAUCAGUUUAUCCACCUCGUUUAGGAACAAGUUUCCGUGCAUUAGCUCGUCAUUUAGUGAAUGCUAAUGCUGGAAUUAUGUAUAUAGCUGGUUGUCCUAUUAUUCGUAUUGAUACUUGGAUGCCUUCACCAGUGAAUAUACCGUCAGAAUUUAUUGCAAACAAUCAAUCACCUGAAUUAAAUAAUGGAAUUAAUAAAUCUGCUUCCAAUGAAACCAUUGUACAUAUUUGUCGUGAUUUAUGUGUCACGUUUACAACAUAUGCCGGACAAUUAUCUUUGACAUUCUCCGCAAGUUCAAAACAAUCUAUUCAUCCAAAUUUGGAUUUAAUUAUAUCAGGUAUUAAAUCACAGCUUAACAAGAUGUGUCAACUGCUUUCUGGACGUCAUGUACCUAGUAUGACAAGUCGUUGGUUACGUCAUAGUUCAAAUGUUGAGUCGUCUGUAUCCGCACUGUCUGCAAUCAGUAUGAGUCCAUCAUUAAAUCCAAGUCUAGUGUUACAUAAUGAAAUAUCAUCGAUAAAUGAAAAAGCAAACCUUACUACCACUACUACUACUUCUUCUUCAAUAUUUAAAAUGUCGACUGAUAAUUCAACUACUAAUUUGACGGAUGAACUAAACUCUCCUAAGGAAGACAUUUCAUCAUGUAAACAAUUAACUUCAGAAUACAUGUCAUAUAAUCCUAGUGUUUGUCAGUUUACACAAUCUAAUGGUAAGAUUAAUAAAGCUCAGUCUCUGUCGUGUUCAUCAGAUGGAAGUAAAUCAAUUCCACCUUAUCAAGCUGGUCAACCUAUUGAACAGGUUAGUUUAUUAUUUGAUGUUGAUAAAUGCAUUGUUUCUAAAUAUAAGUGAAUGUGUUGUAUUUUUUGCUUCGUUCUAGUAAAUGAUUGCUCAGGAAUAGUUAUCCAUGAAGCACCACAGAUCGAUCAGAAGGAUAUAAAGCCUUCAAGUCCCGAAUUUCCUGUAUUCGAAUAUUCAAUAGGUUAUAAGCGCGCGCUGCUGGAAAGUCCUGUACACGGACUAAACGGUUAUUCAAUAAUUCCUCAUUCGCAAUUGUUUUCUAAACAAGCAGGCUUCUGGAGCAAAGCUAAAACUUUCUAUCAGUUUUUCAACGGCUCAAGCAUAAAUAUUGAGUUCUGCUGGUCAAUGUGCCUGUUCUAAGUACCUUAAAUUACUGUUAACUAAGAUUACUCAUGUUAUAUUUAUUAGCAAUAAUAUAUAUCAGCCGCCCAUGAAAGAAAACAUGAAUUUAUAAAUCCAACGUAUGUUGUGGUUCGUCGGAUUUAUUUGUAUAUUUAUAAAAAUUGAGAUUUAUAUCCUAAUAAGAUGUAUUCAACGAACAACAUAUGUGAUAUGGGCUUCAUAACUUUAGCCAGUAAAUCACGAUUUUCUUUUCUGUUUAUCGCAUAAUUAUCUCAAAUUAAGGCAGAAUAUUGAUUUUAUGACUUCAUCAGCUUCAAUAAUUCUCUACCGGCUUUCUUUCAGUGGCAAAAACUUUUUAUUUGUGUAUUAUUUAUUUCGUAAUUUCACUUUCAAAUCCAUUUGAUAUUUGAGGUAAUUAUGUGGCUAACCACAUAGAUGUGUUAUUUUCAAAUUUAAAUCACACUACUUCUACUGUCAAAAGUAGUCAUUUGGAUCCUGUGUAAUUGUAUCUGAAAUAUUUACCGCUAAAAUUUCAUGGAUUAAAAAUUGGAAAAUAUGAAUGUUAUUUCGAGAAAUACUUCAAGCUAAUUUCCAGAAACUCAUACGUGAUUUUAAAACUCCAGUUUGUGAUAACUUUAAAGUAAAUGACACCAGCCAUCCUCAACAUGUACAAGGGCAGGAAUUGGCAAAGCAAGGAUGGCAUUCCCACAGUUGAAGAACAUAUGGAAAUCAGAACAACCAAUGUCGAAGUUAGAAUCUUCAACACGAACGUCAAGACAGUUCUAAUGUACAGAGCUGAAACUAGGAGAACUACCACAACCGUCAUCAAAAUUACGAGUAUUUAUGAACAACUGUCUACGCAAGAUACUCAAUGUCCGCUGGCCACAUAUCAUCAGCAAUAGUCUACUGUGGGAGAGAAAAUGCCAGCUUCCAGCUGGAGAAGAAAUUAAGGGAAGAUGAUAGGCGUGAACAGGACAUAUAUUACAGGAAUAAUCAAGUACUGUCCAGGGCAGAGUUGGGUGGGGAAUUCUGGUGGACUGUCUAUCUUCCUCCAUGAGGGGUAACAGACGUAAGUAAAUGGUAAAGAAAAGGACUUCUAUCCAGAAAAUUCACAUUACUUUUCUGGUAAUCAUUCAUUAAUAUACUUUAAAAAAUCUUUUUAUAUUAUCAGCCUCAUCAGUAUUGUAUUCACUAUGUCAGACAUUCAUCAAUCUUUCUUGUCCUGUGAAUGGGUUUAUUACUUGUUUACUUUAAUAAAAUCAACAGGAAAUUAGUUUAUCUCGUCCUAAAACAGUUUUCAUUUGUUCAUUGUCACUUUUUAGACAAACUAUAAAGGAAUAGAAUACUUUGAUUGCUCACAACUCGUAUAAUUUACUCUUGUUACAUGAACUUAACUAAAGUUCUUUUAUCUAUAAUUUAGGCCUAUAAUUUUUUCACAGGUAUCUAAAUGCUGAAACCAUUACUGUUAUUUCCUCUAUCUCUACUGUAGUAAUCUGUUAGUUAGUUAAAGCCUAGGUUGAAAUUGGUGAGUGGAUUACGCUUAUGUACCUAUAUUAAUAAAGCAAUGAAGCAUAAACAUUGAUUCCAUAGAUGUCUUUUAUUCGGUUGCUUAGGAUUCUUCAUAGAACAUUAAUAAAGAAAAAACAGGAUUUUGUCUGAGCACCUCAGGAAUAUAUCAUUUUGUUGAUUGUUUAGAACAGAACUCUAAGAUGUCACCAAACAGUUGCAAUAAAUUUGUAUACUACUGAAAUUUGUUGACGAAUAAUAACCUGGUCACGGAGUAUUGAAUUAAAAAUUAAACGAUUUGGGAUGUAAUAGAUAAACAUAACGAAAAAUGAAUUAACCUUACAAGGGACCCAAGAGCAGUUGGAUUUGUACUAGCAAGACUGAUUUGAUGUUAUUUCAUUUACAGCUCUGAAUGGUUAAUUGUUAACAUCGCUCACAUAAUUAGCGAAGGAAUUUUAAAUCUGUGCAACGUAAACUGGUACUCAGUGACUAGUGAAUUUCGUCAGUAAAUGUCAUGUUAAUUUCAUAACGUAUCACAUUUUACUUAUGAGUUAAAUAUUGAUAUUUAUAGCUUCAGGAGCAACUUCGAUGGGUUCAAAGACAACUGGAGGAAUCUUCCAACGUUAAAAAUAUGGUCGGGUCUCCAACAACAAAUAACUUGAGAUUGGCAAAAUUACGCAGUGAAUUCUGUAUUCUACUUAGACAGUUGAAACAACGAUGCAGUCAAGGUGAACUAGGGAUCGAUUCUUCUCUAAGUGAUUUGAACAAUGAAUUUCAAGAUAUGUCUUGUGAGUCCAAAUUAAACUGUGCUUCAAUAUCAAGAUCAGGAAACUCAUCACCACAAAAAUCCGCACAGACCACAUCAGGCUAUCCUUGCCUUAGCGGUCAGUUCAAUGUAAAUCCAUUUAAACUGGAACAAAAUCCCACAGUUAAACGUUCAAUGACUACUGGAGACUUUGAUGAAGACCCAGAUUUUUACAUCACUGGACAGCCAGAAGUUGAUGAUUUUGAGGAUAUCGACUCCAGUGAGUCAGAAUUUGCCUUGAGGGAUGCCUCGAAUGUGAUAUCUGACAACUUAUUUACAGCGACCCAUAAUUCAAAUGUAAACGAAUCUAUGAAGGAUUACAAUAAUAUAAACGAUCCAUACAAACAGAAUACAGUUAACGGUAAUGAAGGUGAAUUGCAUAAAAAGCGCAAACGCAAUCGAAAGAACACAUUCAUCUCUGGGCGACGUCGUCCCUCAAAAAUAGCAGCGGAAGUGAUUAGCGUAAACUUCAUGCCUAGUCGCCGUGGUUCGCUAAUGGCACACUCUGCCGUUCAAGGACACAAUAAAAGCAAAAGCUUACUAACUCAGUUCAUGAACACUGUAACUAAGGGUUCAACUUCCAAAUUGCCAAGAGAAUGAUGUUCAGUAGUCGACAGAUAUACGCACUUCAUAAGUCUUUAUCGAUUAAAGCGCCAUACUACAGAACAGAGAGGAUACUUGGUAAAUACGCUAAUUUCUACACAGUACCUACUGUAUAUAAUGUUGUUCAGAAACAGAUUUUAUGAAUGUAUAGUACUGCAAUUUGAACGGAUAAAACAUACCCCUCCAACUAAAAACCCGAGCUUAAUUAGCAUUCAUUUAAGAAAUAAAUCAUUUAUAC